UCAUUAAAAAAGAAGACAGAGGAUUAUUUACGAAGACUCGGGAGAGAAACGCGGAUAGAACAAGACUUUGCCCGACUAUGUCUUUAAGAUAUUCAUAAUUAAGAGCAUUGCAUUGUUUCCCACCUGCAGUUUUUUCCCCCGUGGACUGACAAAAGACACAUCAGAGUCCGCUAAUCUCCGCCAGCGGUCGGGGAUGCACUGGCGUUAGCCGGUUAUUAGCUCGCUCGUUAGCUUUGCCGAACAAGUCUGUUUUUACGACUGAGACCCGACACACCGACAUAGUGCAUUAUGACAGACAGCAUUAUGAGUAAAGCUGCGACAAUGGAGAUUCCUAUCAACAGUAAUGGCGACACAGGGACGCUAGCAGAAGACGACAGCCUUGAACAGGCUGCAAAUCUGCAGUGGAGCUUAGAUGAGAAGGUAGGGAGCUCCAGAGGCACCAGGGACCUACAGCAGGUGAUGGUAUCGGGUCCCAAUCUGAACGAGACCAGCAUUGUAUCUGGGGGGUAUGGAGGAACAGCAGAAGGUAUCAUCCCCACCAGCUCAAUCAAAGGUUCCAACAUGCACCACAGCAGCAGCAGCUCAUCAAUGACGGCAGAGGAAGCAACCAGAGGAGUGGCUGUGGAGAAAAUAGAAACAGUGAAGAAGUGGGGCCUCAACACUUACAAGUGUACAAAGCAAAUGAUCUCAGAGCGUUUCGGUCGGGGUUCCAGGACUGUGGACUUGGAGCUUGAGGCCCAGAUUGAGGUGCUGAGAGACACGAAACGGAAAUAUGAGAAUGUGCUGCGAUUGGCCAGAGCGCUGACCAACCACUUCUACAACAUGGUGCAGACGCAGCACGCACUGGGUGACACGUUUGCUGACCUCAGUCAGAAAUCCCCAGAGCUAAGGGAUGAGUUUGGCUACAAUGCAGAGACUCAGAAGUUGCUGUGUAAGAAUGGAGAAACUCUGCUUGGUGCCAUUAACUUCUUUGUGUCCAGCAUCAACACACUGGUCAACAAGACCAUGGAGGACAGCCUGAUGACGAUCAAGAUGUAUGAAAAUGCCAGAUUGGAGUUUGAUGCCUACAGGUCAGACUUGGAGGAGCUGAGUUUGGGUCCAAGAGAUGCUGUAGCCAUAGCCCGCAUAGAUGCUGCUCAGCAACAGUACCAAGUCCACAAGGACAAGUACGAACGGCUCCGCUCAGACGUCAUCAUUAAACUGAAGUUCUUGGAGGAGAAUAAGGUGAAGGUGAUGCAUAAGCAGCUCCUCCUCUUCCAUAAUGCUAUCUCGGCGUACUUUGCUGGCAACCAGCAGCAGCUGGAGCAGACGCUGAAGCAGUUCAACAUAAAGUUGAGGCCUCCAGGGGCUGACAAGCCCUCCUGGUUAGAGGAGCAGUGA